CAAUGGAUGUAUUCGGAAGCAACAUGUCAAGAAGUGGCAGAAGAAUGAUUCAGAGUAACAAUAUGUUCUACAAAGAAAUAGAACAAAUGGGCACAAUGAUGAGUAAGACUCCAAGAAGGCAUGUUCGGGUGGCUAGCCCCCAGUACAAUGAUCAUUCUCCCCUAUUGGCUCAGUUCAAUGAAGGUCUCUACAAAAAUGAACACACAAAUCAUUUAAAAUAGAUUCAGUUUCAAAGUUUCCAAGAAAUUAAAAAAUAGCCAAAGGAAAAUACUCAGAAAGAAAAGAGAGAAAGAAAGAAUCAGGACUAGGGAGCAAAAACGUCAAGUUAUGAGUCCUCUUCCUCAAGUACCUCCCGUAGGGCAUUACAAGCCAAGCUAUAUCCAAAUUGAGAGUGGGGACAAAUCAAAUCUGAAAUUCCAACCACUAAACCAGAGCAACUCAGGAAGAUUCUUCCUUCAUGAAUUCUGUGUGAAAUCUAACUCCAGGAGAAGAAGCCAGAGCCAAGGCAAGUGGAAGAGAAUACUUAAGAAAAUAAAGGGUCAAGGACACGCUGUUAUUGAAGAAAGUGCCAAAACUUCAAGCUUUAAAAAGAGACUCGAGAGAUUAAAGAAGUCACCAAGAACAACUCUGAAGAUCAAGAAAAAGGCAUUAAAGGAGAAGAAAAAUGAUUCAGAAGCAGAAGGAGAUUCAGAAGAAAUCCAAAACCCUGCAAAAGUUGUAAAGAAGAUAAAACGGUCUAAAUCUCCAUCUCUCCAAUGAGGAGUUUUCAUUGAGUUUAAAAAGCAGCUACCCAGAAAGGACAUCCUAGACGGUUUUCCAAUGCCAUUUGACUCCUGCUAUAAAUCAGUUGCAAGCCUUAUCACCAGCAAAUCUAGAAAAUAACAAAGGUUUUCAA